GAGGGGGGGGAGUAACAAGAUGGCGGCCGCCGCUCGCUGUUACUCGCGUCUGUUGUCGGCCACCCGCGGCCCGGCCGCGCUGCUCGACACCGGGGCGGCUCUGCGGCCGCUCCGGUCCCGCACCGUAUGUACUUUAUUCGGGAAAAGCCACGGCCCGGGCUCUGCUGGGGGCCUGGGGGGGUUGAGGCUGGGCCCGGAGCCGCGCCUCAGGCUGUCAGGUUACGCACAGCCGGCUGUCUGUGUUUCUGCGUUUCACACCUCCGCUCGUGUAGCCAAACGCGAUUACUAUGAAGUGCUAGGGAUUCCACGAAGCUCUACCCAGAGGGAGAUAAAGAAAGCAUAUUAUCAGCUCGCCAAGAAAUAUCAUCCUGACACAAACAAAGAAGACCCAAAGGCAAAGGAGAAAUUUUCCCUGGUUGCAGAAGCCUACGAGGUGUUGAGUGAUGAGGCCAAGCGUAAACAGUAUGAUACAUAUGGAACUACGGGCUUCGAUGCUGGUACAGCCGGGCAGCACCACUAUUGGCAGUCUGGCCCCUCCAUGGAUCCCGAGGAGCUCUUCAAGCGUAUCUUCGGAGAAUUCUCAGGAUCUCGAUUUGGAGAUUUCAGCAACAUGUUUGACCAACCCCAAGAGUACAUCAUGGAGCUGACAUUCAUACAGGCUGCGAAGGGAGUGAAUAAGGAGAUGAUUGUGAACCUUGAGGACACUUGCCAGAGGUGUGAUGGCAAAGGUCAUGAGCCAGGAACUAAAAUUCAGCAUUGCCAUUACUGCAAUGGAACCGGCAUGGAAACUCUAAACACAGGACCCUUUGUGAUGCGCUCCACGUGCCGGCGAUGUGGUGGUCGCGGAUCCAUCGUGAUUACUCCAUGCGUCCUGUGCCGAGGAAGUGGUCAGAGCAAGCAGAGAAAGACGCUAGUGGUACCAGUUCCCGCUGGUGUGGAGGACGGACAGACCGUGCGGAUGCCAGUGGGAAAGAAAGAGAUCUUCAUUACCUUUAGGGUUCAAAAGAGUACAACAUUCCGACGAGAAGGAGCUGACAUCCACUCAAACCUGUUCAUCUCUGUUGCCCAGGCAGUGCUGGGAGGCACAGCACGCACCCAGGGGCUGCACGACACCAUCAACAUCACGAUUCCGCAAGGAAUUCAGAUGGAUCAGAAGAUUCGGCUUAGUGGUAAGGGUAUUCCAAAGGUCAACAGCUAUGGUUACGGGGAUCACUAUAUCCACAUCAAAGUGAAAAUCCCAAAGCAGUUGAGUGACCGACAGAGAACAUUGAUGUUGGCUUAUGCUGAAGAUGAAGGUGAAGUAGAAGGCACUGUAAAUGGAGUCACUAACACAACUACAGGCACUAAUGCCAGGGCGAAUACUGGGAUGGGGGAAAAGGGGCCUGAGAAGCCUGAGGCUGAGCCAGGGGAAAACAAGGAGGGAUUUCUUACCAAAUUAAAGCGAAUGUUUAGCUGACAAGAGGAAAGCGAAGGAGUGGAAACUAGCUCCCACAUCAGAUCUACAAAUUCCACGCUGCCUGAGGAUAUGUUCACCCCCUGACUAGCCAAUACACUGAUGGAACCCCGUCAUCCUGUACCCAGAACAAGACCCCAGAGACUUGGCUGUUAUUUCCCGAUAAGGCCUGUUUUUUGUUGUUUUGGUUCUGUACAUUGUGGUCAAUAGCAGUGUAAAUUCAGUGACAGAUGCACUAUGUAAUCCAUUCUUGCACAAUGAAGACUUAUUUUAAUUCUGUUUCUGGCAAAAUAAACUGAUUGUAGCUCUACGACCUGGAAUGGUCAGUGCAAGCUCCAGGUUAGAGCCCAUCGUGAUGUUUGCAAAGCAAACUGAUGGGUUCAACGUGAUUAGGUUUUGUUUUAGGUUCCUCGGAGUACCAAGGGUUGCUAAUUAACUCUGGCUGUGCAGAGUGGGUGCAGCCUGUAGCCGGGGAAUGUGUCGCUCUUUGAUAGUGAGCUGAGGAUCCCAGAUUGCUUGGGUUGGCCAGAGAGACCCUGGCCAACAAUGAGAAAUAAACUUAUUUGAACCUGA